GUAUAAAUAAAUGGGAAAUGUCGAAUUAUAUUCAUACCAAGUUAAGUACUUUUAAAAGACGCUCCAUAAGUCUAAGGUCUAACAAUGGUUGUCACCAAAAUUGAAGUUUUCGUCCUCAUGAUUAGUUUCCUUAUUGUCAUGAUAGCUCCAAUUCAAGCUAGAAGUCGUCUUGCGGGGCCACCACCACAUCCGUGUGAAGGAAAACAAAACAACGAAACCGUUUACGGUGGGAGAAGUUGCAGUAUAUUUUACAUUUGCAACGGAAGUGGUCAAGGUCUAUUUAGAAGAUGUCCUAAUGGCUUUUAUUACGACUUGGACAAAGGACAAUGUCGUUUUGAUGAAGGAAAUAAAUACCAAUGCAAGACGAAUCGAUAUCCCUGGGGAAAUAUCAAUCCAUGUCAAGUUUAUGAAAGUGAAAAAUAUUUCCCGGUGCCUUAUGAUUGUUCGCAAUUUAUUGAAUGUGAUAAUAGAAGACCGGCUAUCCUGACUUGUCCCGAAGGUCUGGUUUAUAAUAUAAAGCUGAGAGUAUGUGAUUGGCCAAGAAAUGUUGAUUGUAGAGGGCGCAAUUAAACUUUAAAUAAAAUGCACCAACUUGUUCCUUUA